AUGAUCUCUCAAAUCCUUACAACUGGCUGUGUUCACAUCGGUUUGCCUGACGGAGAGAAUGUAAAGAUUAUUUACCCAGCUACUUCAUCAGCAAAAACCCUGGGAACUGGUAGACAUUGCUCAGCUUCCUCUCAGGAUUGCGCCGCCUCCUCGCCAUCUCGUCAGCCCUCCGCCUUUCCCAUCGAUGUUGAACGUCCGAAUUCGGAAAUUUUUGGACCUGUGAACUUUUCCCUCAACAUCAAACUUCACGCUCUCCCCUCCUUCCCCCCCGCGCAAUGUCUUCAUGAUUGGAAUCUUUACAUCAAAACCCCAACAAAUCUGUCAACCCCUCUGUGGCACAAUGCAGCCAGAAGACCCUGGCCGCCCGACGACGCAUGCAAAGUAUACGGUGGGCGGAAGGUGACGUCGGGGACCAUCAACUGGUACUCACAAGAUACUGGUAUUCAGCGCGAUUGCUCUGAACAUCACAAGGUGACCCUCCCGCUUCGCUUCUUUAUGAACGUGUUCUCAAGUUCCUUCACUCCAGUGAUUGCAUACGUCACUUCUAAUGAACCUUUUGAUUCUACAGGAGUGAUGAGGGAGAUGACGAUAUGGUUACCGUCUUUGGCGGCACAAAUGUGGGCGCAGGCGGCUGAAGAUCGCGAGAAGUCGAUCGUAUCCCCUCACGAGGGCAUGUCAGCCACUGGGGUAGACCAGUCUACAGAGUCCACAGAGAAGGCACAGGCACCAGGGUCCAGCUCUCUCAUCUUUACUAAACCCUGA